AUGGAUAAUUGUCACAGCACCUGUAUCAAACAAUACCAAUAUGAAGAUGACGAUGAAAUAGCGAUCGAUGGUGCCAAUGUUUGUUUAGUAAUUUCUGGUUCGCAUACAUUUUGUCAUUCGUACUCGUUCAAUAGCAAUAAUAAGUUUCACAUAGAUUUCGAUUUAAAAUCAAUUGAUCCAUUAUUACGGGUAUAUGCACCCAAAAGACCAGGAAUUGGUGUAUAUAAACUAUUUACAGACAGUGACGAAUUGAAAAAAAAUUUGGGAAUUAUAUCAACUAGUGUUGGAAAAAUUGCAUUUAUUUAUAAAACUAAUGAUGAAUAUCCACUUGAACACGGUUAUAGAGAUAUCACAGCAGUUCGUUUGACACCUCUACUAAAAGAGCGCUCAACAGAUAAGACAUUUUUUAUUGUUAUCACUUGUGCUCAUUUAUUUUCGAAGCUUGACAUACGCCAUAAAAUACAGUUAUAUCGAUAUUCUAAUGAUGUUUAUGCUAAAUCAAUUAAUAUUCUAAUGAAUCCAUCUUCAAAUAUGGCCCAGCGAUUGUCUAUUGAAUCAUUUUUAUUAGCAAAAUACUUUGACGAGCUUGAUAAAACACCCGUCAAUGUAAAUAUUAAUCCACAAUUGAAAGUGUGGUCAACGAUAAACGAUUUUUGUUUUUUCAA